ACAUUAGUAUGACAAAAGUAGUGCUUUAGUAACAGAUGUGUAAUAAUACUAGUAGUAGUCUUUCAUGGUUGUAGUUACAACAUGAAUGACAUCUCUGUUUCUUAAAGACUCAUGUCAACAUUUUGUCAUGCACGUCAUCUGAAGUGGUGUAAGAGAGACUGAAACGCGGAGUCUCUUCAGCGUCACGGCGCGGCCCUUUUUUCACUUUGACACAGCUUGUUUCCUGCACAGCCUUCAGUCGCUCUACACCACUAACAACAUGGCCAUAUCCAGAAAAGACAGCUUCCUCUGGGGGAAAGCUCCACCGAAACUCCCCCCUGCAGUGAGAAGGCAGAGUGACACCAUCAAGAAUCACAAGUCUGAGCUGCAGGAUGACAUUCAGAAGCUGAGGUUAGAGAUCAGUCACGUCACGCCAGAAAUCCACAACCCUGAACUGGAGGAGCAGAAUAAAAAUGUUGCGAGGAACAGAGGAUUCUUACAUGGGAAAAAGAAAUUCAACAUGGACCCUACAAAAGGUGUUAGGUACCUGGUUGAAAAUAGCCUGCUGGAAUGGCGAGCAGAGUCAGUGGCAGAGUUUCUGUACAAAGAGGAGGGACUGAACAAGACUGCCAUAGGAAAUUUCCUCGGAGAGAGGAAGGACAUGCAUCUGGAUGUGCUGAAAGCCUUCGUGGGCUUGCAUGAAUUUUCAGACCUGAAUCUGGUGCAGGCACUGAGGCAAUUUUUAUGGAGCUUUCGUCUCCCGGGAGAAGCUCAGAAGAUUGACAGGAUGAUGGAGGCAUUUGCAACCCGCUACUGUGACUGUAACCCCGGGGUCUUCCAGUCCACAGACACAUGCUACAUCCUGUCUUUCGCCGUCAUCAUGCUCAACACGAGUCUCCACAACCCCAAUGUGAAAGACAAGCCCAGUCUGCAGCGGUUUGUCGCCAUGAACAGAGGGAUCAACAAUGGGGAAGACCUGCCCACCGAGCUGCUUACGAACCUGUACUCGAGCAUCCGCAACGAGCCAUUCAAAAUCCCAGAGGAUGAUGGGAAUGACCUCACACUGACAUUUUUUAAUCCAGACAGAGAGGGCUGGCUCCUUAAAAUGGGUGGCCGAGUUAAAACCUGGAAGAGGAGGUGGUUCAUUUUGACGGACAGCUGUCUGUACUACUUUGAAUACACAACAGAUAAAGACCCAAUUGGGAUUAUUCCUCUGGAGAACCUGUGUGUCAGGGAGGCGCAGUGCACAAGCAAACCGUAUUGUCUGGAGUUAUAUAACCCCAAAGGACAAAAGAUCAAGGCCUGCAAGACGGAGAACAAAGGCAGAGUGGUGCAGGGUAAACACCAGUUCUAUAAGUUCAGCGCAGCCACUGCAGAUGAACGGGACGACUGGAUGGACGCCAUCAGGGCAAGCAUCACCAAAGACCCUUUUUAUGACUUGGUGUUUCUACGCAAGAGGAAGGUCAUCAGUAACUCUCCCCCACAGGACUGAAACACAAGACAUGAAUGGAGAUAACAUCUGAGUUUGGAUCCUGGGUGUGUUUGUAUGAAAAGAAUAAAAGCAGCACAUCACAGCAGUGUACUAAUUAGUAACUGACACUUCUUCAAGUGUAAAACUGAGACGAGUGAGCUAUUUGUGGCUUGCAGCGUCUUAGAAAUCUUCACCGAACUUCUGCAAACUGCACGCACUACUGCUCCGACUUCAGGGGCUGACAACUCCUACUGACACACAUCUGCUGUUCACAUGCUGUUAAGAUAAAAUCUUAAAGUUCAAAUCUUUGUGAUUGAAUCAGUGGGAGAAAUGUAUGUAUGUAGCACUUUGUUAAACUGGCUCCUGGUAUUUAUCACUGGAGGUUUUUUCAGAGAAAAUAUGACUGUUUAAAAAACAGCUAAUCAUUAAAUCAUGUAAAUCAGUUAUUUUCCUUCUCGUAAAUGUCACCUCUUGCAGCACAAAUUAUUACUCAAAUUAACUGCAAGUAGAGUAAAAACAAGCUAAAAAGAUUUUAAGUUCUAAAUGUAUUUAUGAAUAAACUGUACAGUAUUUUAUUUAGUAAUUAUUGUAUAAGUGUUUGUUAAUGAUUUCACGUGUAAUUUAAUGACUUUAUGUUAAUAGAAGAAACAAAACAACUUGUUUUGCAAUAAAAUGUUUUCCUGCUGA